AUCCCGGCUUUUCAAUCGUGGAGGGGAGAUCACUGCGUUGGAGCUUGGUUAACUUUUACACAGACCCCAUUUUCCUUCAAAAUGGGUGAUGGUUGCGGACGGGCAAAAAUUGGACCAUCAAUAUUAAAUUCUGACUUGUCAAAUUUAGCCUCAGAAUGUGUGAGAAUGGUUGACAGUGGCGCAGAUUACCUGCAUUUAGAUGUGAUGGAUGGACAGUUUGUACCAAAUUUGACAUUUGGGCAUCCGGUUGUAAAAUGUUUACGACCAAAAUUACCUAAUGUGUUUUUUGAUAUGCAUAUGAUGGUUGCUGCACCAGAACAGUGGAUAGAAAGUAUGCAGGCGGCUGGAGCGGAUCAGUAUACAUUUCAUUUUGAGGCAACAGAGGACCCUAAAUCUUGUAUACGUAAAAUUAAAGAGGCUGGUAUGAAGGCUGGAAUUGGGAUCAAACCAAAUACACCAGUGAAUGUUUUAGAGCCAUUUGUUGAACUGGUUGACAUGGUACUGAUUAUGACAGUAGAGCCUGGAUUUGGUGGACAAAAGUUCAUGGGGGAUAUGAUGCCAAAAAUAAAGUUUUUGAGAGAGCAUUUCAGUAAUAUAGAUAUAGAGGUGGACGGUGGAGUAGGACCAUCAACUAUACAACAGUGUGCUGAUGCAGGAGCUAAUAUGAUUGUAUCAGGGAGUGCCAUCAUGGGAAGUGAUAAUCCAAGGGAGACAAUGAACUAUAUGAGAAAUGUUGUAGAAGAAGCUAUCCAAAAAUCGCAGCUAGAGAGAUGACAUAACUAAUAUCUAACCAGGACUUGUUAGUGCUAACAAACUAAUAACUAAUCAUUUAAUGUUAGCAUAAGAGGAUGUUUGGAGAUCGUAUGUGUAGUAAUCUCGCUAGAAAGAUGUAAAUCAGGGUUGUUAAUUCAUAUUGAUUACACAAGCAAAUGGCCAUUACAUAUAUCACUUUAUGCUAUUGUUAAAUUUCAUGAUUUUGAUUUUGAAUCUUUAUGUAUAUCCAGCCAUAACUAGAAUUACUUGCAGACACUAGCGGUGCAUUUAUUGGCGUACACUAGUUUAAUACUUUAACUAUAAGUGCACUGUUACGGAUAUAAUUAUUUAAUUGAAAAAGCAUGAUUUAGUAAUAAAUGUUUAAUCAUAUCGCACCAGAGUAUAUUUAUGCAUAUAAUGAUAUAAUGAUCAAUUAUUAAUUCAACAAUUACUGUAUAAACCUGGCAUCAUAUUGGUUGAAAAAUAUGCUCAUUUACUUCAUCAAUGAGACCUGUGUGAAGUGAUUUGAGCCGCAUCAUGACAAAACCAACAUAAUGGGUUUGCGACCAGCAUGGAUCCAGACCAGCCUGCGCAUCCUUGCAGUCUGAUCACAAUCCAUGCUGUUCGCUAUCAGUUUCUCUACUUGUUUUAGGGUUUGUAAGCGUACAGCGUAGAUCCUGAUCAGACUGCACAGAUUCGCAGGCUGGUCUGGAUCCAUGCUGGUCGCAAACCCAUUAUAUUGGUUUUGUCGUGACGCGGCUCAUUUUCUUUUCUUUUCAUGCUUAUUUGUACUGCCAGAGUUACGCUUUAUGCAAUAAAAGUGUAUAAAAGUUACUUUUAUAUAGAUCAUACAAAAAGUAUUUGUAAAGGGAAUGUGUUUUAUGAAUUUGUAAAGGGAGACAAUUAAUGUAAAGGUACUAUGAAUUAACAAUGCAGGGUUAUUAUAUGACAGUUUACAUAAUUAAUUCAGUGUUAUGUGAACAUUCUAGAACUUUAGAAAAUGCUUUAAAGAACUACUUGAUUUGUGAUUUAACAUUCUUGAUAUUAUGAUAAGAACAGUUGAUCCAAAUAUUGAUUCUACAUGUUUCUAUUUUUGAUCUGAUUAUUUUUGAAUUUGUAUUCUUAUUCAAUAGAGGUUUAUUUCUUUAAAAAAUCUUGUUUGUUUAGAAGAAAAAUAAAUUAAU